AGACACAACUCCAGACGUCGCGAAGGACAGGCGGAGCUUUGCUCGGUUAAGGCUGCCCUGCGCAUGCGUGAGGGCGAGAGGCUUUUGCAGUCCAAGUCAAGAGGAGUUGCAGCUUUUGCUGCUGGUGCCGCCGUCGUAGUAGCGGCUCUUCCUCCUUUCCCAGCUAGGGCGAGGUAGUAGGUGCCCGCUAUGCCGCCACCGCAGCAGCAGGUUCGGCUCCCGGACUGGGACGCGCUGAAGCUCCGCGUGCGGACUCUGAUUGGCUCUCACCGGGUCAUGAUCUUCAGCAAGACCUACUGUCCCUUCUGCAGGAAGGUAAAAGAUCUUUUUCAUUCUCUAGGAGUAGAAUGCAGUGUUCUGGAACUUGACAAAACUGAUGACGGACCAAGUAUUCAGGAAGUAUUACUAGAAUUGACAGGUCAGAGAACUGUCCCCAAUGUUUUUGUAAAUGGAACACAUGUGGGUGGAUGUGAUCAAACUUUUCAGGCUUACCAUAGUGGGUUAUUGCAAAAGCUUUUAGGAGCUGGCAAGGAUGAAGAAAUGGAACCCUAUGACUAUGACUUAAUUGUGAUUGGUGGUGGUUCUGGUGGACUUGCAUGUUCCAAGGAAGCUGCUACCUUAGGCAAGAAGGUCAUGGUGCUAGACUACGUUGUACCUACACCUUUGGGCACUACUUGGGGACUUGGUGGCACUUGUGUAAAUGUAGGUUGUAUUCCUAAGAAGUUGAUGCAUCAAGCAGCCCUUUUAGGUCAAGCACUCCAAGAUUCACGAAAGUUUGGCUGGGAGUAUGAUCAGCAAGUUAAACACAAUUGGGAGGCAAUGGUAGAGGCGAUUCAAAACUAUAUAGGAUCCUUGAACUGGGGGUAUCGGAUGGCCUUGCGUGAUAAAUCUGUGACAUACAUCAACGCCUAUGCAGAGUUCAUUGGAUCACACAAGAUUAAGGCAACCAACAGGAAAGGGCAAGAAACUUUCUACACAGCUCAGGCAUUUGUUCUAGCCACUGGAGAAAGACCUCGAUAUUUAGGUAUCCCAGGUGAUAAAGAAUACUGUAUUACAAGUGAUGACCUCUUCUCACUGCCCUACUGUCCUGGAAAGACUCUAGUUGUAGGAGCUUCUUAUGUAGCUUUGGAAUGCGCAGGGUUUCUUGCUGGCCUUGGUAUGGAUGUCACGGUUAUGGUACGCUCUAUCCUUCUCCGUGGUUUUGAUCAAGAAAUGGCUGAGAGAGCAGGUGCCUAUAUGGAAACACAUGGUGUAAAAUUCAUCAGGAAGUUUGUUCCUGUUGAGGUUACAAAGUUGGAGGAAGGUAUGCCUGGAAAACUCAAAGUGGUUGCAAAAUCAACUGAAGGAUCACAAAUGAUUGAAGGAGAAUACAACACUGUUUUGAUAGCUGUUGGUCGUGACGCUUGUACCAAAAAUAUUGGCUUGGACAAAAUUGGUGUGAAAGUUAAUGAAAAGAAUGGAAAAAUACCUGCAAAUGAUGAAGAACAAACAAAUGUUCCUUAUGUCUAUGCUGUUGGAGAUAUUUUGGAAGGAAAGCUUGAACUUACUCCAGUUGCCAUACAGGCAGGCAAGCUGUUGGCCCGCAGACUUUUUGGAGGGAGUAACCUAAAGUGUGACUAUGUCAAUGUACCAACUACAGUGUUUACGCCUCUGGAAUAUGGUUGCUGUGGAUUAUCAGAAGAACGAGCUAUUGAACAACUUGGAAAAGAGAAUAUAGAGGUAUAUCACAAUCUGUUCUGGCCACUUGAAUGGACAAUACCGGAUAGAGAUAACAACACUUGUUAUGGAAAAGUAAUCUGCAAUAAGCUUGACAAUAACCGUGUGAUAGGAUUUCAUGUUCUUGGACCUAAUGCUGGGGAAAUUACCCAAGGGUUUGGGGCAGCAAUAAAAUGUGGUAUCACAAAAGCACUACUUGAUGACACAAUUGGUAUACAUCCAACAUGUGCAGAGGUAUUUACGACAAUGGACAUCACAAAGGCUUCAGGGCAAAGUAUUGCUCAAAGUGGCUGCUGAGGUUAAGCCCUGCUGUUUAAGCUGUUCCUUGUUGGCCCAAUGUAUCUGUGCUGAAGGUUUUAGAAAGCAUACAAACGUACACGGGUAAAUGAGAGUAAUAUUUGAUCACAGUAUAUUCUACUGCGGAUGGUACACUUCUGAACUUUUUUUUUUUUAAAGGUAGUGGUGUCUGCAAGGAACAGUAAAACAGCAGGGUAAACGUAAUCCUGACUUGCUUAGAGUGGCACCUUAGUGCAUUUUUGAAGCUUUGGCUCUGAACCCCAUUUUUGAAGGCGAGCCAUGGCUGAGGACUUCUCUGCAAAGUUGGGAAAGCCGAUUCGUCCAAACAAGUAAAGAUUCUUUCUAGAGAAACCCCUGAAUCGCACAAGUGAAGUUUAAAGUUAAUUUUCUUAGUGUCAAUGCUUUUGUAUGAAUGCAUUGGGCACAGUUGAAUGUAUAACUAGUUACUUUUGCUAGCAAUUCCUCAAUUCACUAGUGUAUUUAAUUGUUAAUGUGGAUACUGAGGGUUUUUUGUUUAUAAAUAUCCCAGUUUAAUUUGUCUUAAAUUGGAAAACUGCAUUAGCAUUCUAGACUUAGGUGCCCUUGAGUGAUGUAUCAAAGCUCACAUAAUGGUGACAUUUCUUGAAUGCAUAGCUGCUUGUUCACCAGAAAAAACCUAAGGCACAAAAUUAUCACCAUUGAAACCUUCACGUUACAGAGUGGUUUGGUAGAUCAAGGCCCAAGAUCUCUGAUGCUCUUCAGUAAUUUUCUGUAGUCCCUGACCCCCACCCCUGCAUUUCAUGAAUAGAAGAUAAUAUUUGAGUGAAGCUGAAAUGUCAUCUCCCCACCCCCACCCCGGCCCAUGGUAAUCUUAAUAGAUUGCCCUUUAAAUGCAAUAACAAAGUAGUCUGUCAAAAUAGAUUGCAUUUGAUUUGGAUUACUUGUAUGAAUAUGCUUUCUGUAAAAUUCAAAUGGCUUUAAAAACAACCAUGUGUCUUGUCUCGUCUUCUCUCCCCUCCCUCCAUCCCAUGUGCCCUGACAUUUCCUAGUUUGGGAAAGUUGUGCUUGGGUUUAGUUCAGUUUGUCCACACAUCUGUUUGAAAUGCUUAAUUUCAAAAGCUCUAUCUUAUAUAAAACUUUUUAAACUAUUUAUGGUAUAUCAUGAAAUUUCAAAGUUCAAUAAAGAGCAUUGUCACAUGG